UUCAGAACGCCUGACGGCAGCUGCAACAACGUCAAUCGCUGGGAAUGGGGAAAAGCGAGAACAGGCGCUGGUCGCCUAUUGACACCCACUUACCGAGAUGGUAUUUCUACACCGCGCACUUUGAGCAUUUAUGGAAGAAACCUCACGUCCGCAAGAAAAAUAAGCACCUACACGAUCUACACCUACGAAUGGUAUCAAGAUCCCGUCUCAAACCUCUACCUGAUGCAAUUCGGUCAGUUCCUGGACCACGACUUGACGAAAACUGCCCUGACCAACACAGCAUCUGCGUACGCAUCUUCGAUCGCAUGUUGCUCAUCCGACGGGAACAUCACUGUUCCUUCUCCGCAUCAGGCUUGCUUCCCAAUUGAGAUUCCGGGUGACGACGGCUUUUACUACACUCACAAACAGAAAUGCAUGGAAUUCGUGCGAUCUGCGUUUGCUUCCAGACAAAGCAGCGACCCUUCGUGGUCAAAUCAGGUGAAGUUUCCUGAAAGC